GUGACGUGCAGCGUCUGGGAGCUGUCCCAGGAAUCAUGGUGCUGAAGCUGCAGCACCGAUUCAGCAGCCAAUGAUCACAGGAGAAUCCGGUGCUACGGAUGCUUUCACCCAGAGCAGGACAGUCCGACAAUCGUGUUGGAUUUAUACGGACGGAUUUAAACCCUCCUGCUUGUUCUUCGGACAUGGAGAUUCGAUAAUUGGGGGAUGUAAGCUUCACAGAGGCUUGCCAGCGACCUGCAGCCUGGCUGAAAAUCUAUGAGAAAAAAAAAAAUCCUGAAACUGUGAAUCGUAUGAAAAUCGGUCUCCAGGUAAGACGGAUUUUGCUUCCUAACAUGGCACGCCGUCGAUUGACUUAAUUUGAUGUGAAAGCCUUACAAGACGUCCACAGCCAUCUGAUCUGUGCUGAUUUAUUUUUUAAAAAGAAAGAAAGAAAAGAAAGAAGGUGGCUUUCAUUGUUGCUGGAAUAUUUGAAUUUUAAGACUGAGCGCUGACAUUUUGUUUUCUAGUUCAGUUUAUUGUACCAAAGGCAGAUCUGAUUCUUGGUUUCUGCACUCGUCGUGGAUCUGGAGGGAGAAGGCUGUCUAGAUAGUUUGUGUUGGAGGGAGCAGCAGACUAUUAAGGCCAUGAAAUGACAGUGGACACUGAGUGAACGGGCCAUAGCCUUAUUACUUGAAUGCAUUUUCCUAUCAGUCUUAACGUUAGACUUUCCUCGUUUAGCUGUUUAAUUCAUUCAACUUAAUGGCUUCAGACACUUGUUUGCAUCGAUGGGAUUUAUUUACCUUUUGCGUUUGCAUCCUCGUGGGAAGACAAUAAAAGCCACACCAUUAGAAUACAUGAAUAUCAGCAUCAGAAACUAAAGACGCUGCUGUUCAAACCCCGACUGGAAAAACGCACCCCCUGCCCCCACUAUCCCAUCCCACCACAUAUGAAGAGGUGCUUGCUUAUGACGGGGACACACACAGCUCAUACUGUUGUUUCCCAGCACCUUUGCACGGUGCUGUGAGUUUCUGGCCGGAGACAGCCCAAUGCUGCGCAGCCAGGGCAUGCUGAAGAGCCGCUGUUGCGUCCUGCUUGGUGACCUGAGGGUGCUCCUGCUCGGGCCACCGGCGCCGCCGACACCGCUGCCUCCGCUGACCCCCAUGAGCGGCCAAGCCUCUGAAAGCCAUGAGACAGGCGUCACCGUCCCCGACAACAACAACACGUUAACGCGGAGCCACCAGCACGCCGGGGACCGAGCGGCCGCACCUGCCACCGGAGCCGCCGGGCCACCGGGCGGAGAGCGGCCGGUGACGGGCUGGGUGGAUUCUGCUGAGCUGUCGGCGGCCCUGCGCGGCUGCAGCAGCUCCUCCGAUGACUGCUCAAAGGGCAAACUGGAGGAGAGGUUCUCCCUCACCAGCUACACAGAAAGUGGCUUCAGGACGCCUGUGUGCAGGAUCUGCUUCCAGGGACCAGAACAUGGGGAGCUCCUGAGCCCGUGUCGGUGCAGUGGGUCGGUACGCUGCACCCACCAGCCCUGCCUCAUCAAAUGGAUCAGUGAGAGAGGCUCCUGGGCCUGUGAGCUCUGCUACUACAAAUAUCAGGUCAUUGCCAUCAGCACCAAGAACCCACUACAGUGGCAGGCCAUCUCCCUGACAGUAAUAGAGAAAGUGCAGAUAGCAGCAGCCAUUUUGGGCUCCCUGUUCCUGAUGGCCAGUAUCUCCUGGCUGGUGUGGUCGUCUUUUAGCCCGUCUGCUCGCUGGCAACGUCAAGAUCUGCUUUUCCAGAUCUGCUACGGGAUGUACGGCUUCAUGGACGUCGUCUGCAUCGCUUUAAUUGUCCACGAGGGACCUUCUGUGUUUCGUAUCUUCCACCGCUGGCAGGCCGUUAACCAGCAGUGGAAGGUCCUGAACUAUGACAAGUCUAUGGACAGCGAUGACCUGAAGGACGCCACUGUAGACAGGACUCUGUCUCAGCCCAGCCAGGGCUACCAGACUGGGAUAGGAGUGUCCACCUCCACCUCCUCGCUGAUGGUGGUGGCCUCUACAGCCGCCGGCUCCACUUCUACAACCGUGGUGACGGCCGCAGGAGGACUGGGAACACAUGUGGACCCCAACAGCGGCAGCGCAGUGCCGGACCAACACUGUCCCUACAACAUCCUCCACCUGCUCAGCCACCUGAGGCAGCCGGAGGCCCGCAGCCAACCCAGCAAUAGCACAAGAGAGCUGGUCAUGAGAGUCACUACAGUCUGAGGAGUCAGCUGAGGCCUUAUCUCACAUGGAGGUGAAAGAUUUAUCAACCAGCUGACAGUUGAAAAAAAAAAGUCCUAUCUUAACUGCACUGGAUUAAUACCAUGUUCUCGUUUGUUUCAAAAUGCAUCUCUGAUGUCCUUACAUUGAUUGAAUAAAAGUCAAAGUUGUUUGAUUUGCAGAA